UAACCUGCGACUUUACUGCCUCCACGGUGAUCUAGCUUUUCACGCGCUUAAGUGAGUUUAAAAGAGGAGAAUCAUCCAUAGUUGCACAAAUUAAACAUGUUUUAAUAGUUAAAGCCAAUUUUCUGCUUAUCUAAGACUGCCAUUCUGCCACAGUUAUCCUACUCCCUCAAAGCGUAUCAGGACUUUAACAAUCAGUCUAAUAUUGUCUGAGGUCAAUAUCAGUGUAGUUACAGUGUAGUUAAGAACUGGCUGAAGGUAUAGACAAGGCUAAAUCUUUCUUUCUUGAAAAAUAGGCUUCUCUGAGAAUUGUAUUUGCUUCUGAAAAUAUUAGGACUUUCAAAACCUCGAUGUUGACUGAACUACAUUGUCAUAUGAGGUAUAUGUAUAUGUUCUUUGAUGCAGGUGUGAAGGUUUUGAUGUGUAUGUAGCCUAUAGGCUCACAGAGUCACAGCAUCAUUACAGAAGAAUGGAUAUUCUGCACUAUAGAAUAUUGUAAUAUGCUGCUGAAUGACUUAAGUGGUUUUUAGGCCACUCCUUGGAUCCUUCCUGGAAAGCAACAACUAAGGUGAGAAAACUAACUCAAACUCUAGGAAACUUAUCACAUGAUAUUGAGUUAUUCACUUACGGUAGAUCCUGUCUGAAGGAUUUCAUCUUCUAAGCUUCCAUGUAUUUCGUACUCCAUCUUUUACCACUCUCAGGUUUGCAUCCCAGAAUAUAUCGUUACGUUCUUGCUGAUUAAGGAGGGUUCUCCGUUUGCUAGGAAUUGGCCGGCCCAUUGAAGUUUAUUGCAUUUGCUUCCAUCAUAACUGGUGAAAGUUACUUUUACACUACCUGAACAGAUUUUUGUUUUGCUGCUGCUGUCAAUUUAAGUUCAAUAAGUGGUUCUUGAUAAUUUCCAUGAUUGAACUCAUUCAGAUAAAUCUUACCUGCAUCAGUAGCUUUAGGAUUUUAUGAUCACACUUGAUGAAAUCUCAAUUGAACCGAGGUUUGUCACUGGGUAAGUAGAAAGAGAAGCUUGGAUUAACCACAUCCACUAGUUGAUGAUUUACUAGCUUUAUUUUGGUUGGGGAGUUGUUCAACCAUCAAGAAUUCAAGACUAUAAUUGAUGACAACGUAGCAUUUAAGGUGUGAUAAGGGUUAUCAUGUGUGGCAUUAACUCAGUUUGGUAGUAAGUUCCACAUACCUUCCACGACCCAGGUUAUAGGUUCGAAUCUUAAUCCGCCAAGAAGAGGGUAUGUAGGGGUAAAUUGUAAUUCGGGCGGCGCAGGCGUUGUUGUUCUAUGAUUUACCAGAAAUAAAAUUUAAAGCAAAUAUUCUGUUUAAUCUUUACCUGUUUAUGCUAAUUGAUGACAGAAAAAAUAAUUAAGGAAAUUUAUUUUGCUGUUUAAUUGAUUACUCGGAGAAGGUUAAUUAAUCUAUAAAGCCAACUAAUACAGCUUAAUUAAGAUUUAAGACAGGUGGACCAACAAUAAGAAAGAACCUUGAUCAUAUUUCUCCGCCAAUAAUGCAUGAUUACAGCUUACAAGUCCACCUUUGCAGGCAUUAAUUAAAUUAAACAACACGUUCCAAUCACUUGAUCAAAAUAAUGAAGAGUCAUAAAAUAAUAUGAAACUGAGUUUUCAGACUCCUUAUAAAGUAUAAACCCUGGUGCUGUACAGGGAAAAUACCAAAUCCGAACUAACAAAAAUUGACAUAUUAAUUAAUGUCUAAGCUGUACUAGUCUUGAACAAACACAUAGAAAUUAAAAAGGAUCUUGUUGUUCCUUUGAUCAUCAAGAAAUGGGUGGUCAUAUAUCAAGACAAGUUGAGAGGAGAAAAACAAUAUCAACAGAGAAGAAAGCUUUGGUUGAUCUGAAUCAAAAUUCAGGGUGUGAUUAUCCAGGAUGUGACUACCGGCCUUCUGAUAGGAAAAACUGGAUGGCUGGGCUUGAUCUUGGGAAACUUACAAUUAACAAGAUUAUCUGGGCUGGUACUCAUGAUUCUGCAACCAAUAAGAUUGGUAUACCCUUUAUAUCUCGUCCCUUUGCUCAAUGUCAAUCCUUGUCUAUUUACAAGCAGCUCGUCAUAGGCACUCGUGUCUUGGACAUCCGAGUCCAGGAAGAUCGCCGGGUUUGUCAUGGCAUCCUUAAAACAUACAGUGUAGACGUGGUCUUAGAUGAGGUUAACAAGUUCUUAUCUGAAACUCAAUCUGAGAUUAUUAUCCUCGAGAUCAGGACAGAGUUCGGGCAUGAUGAUCCCCCUGAAUUCGACAAGUUUCUCGUGGAGAAACUUGGAGAUCACUUAAUCCAUCAGGAUGAUCAUGUCUUUAAUAAGACUGUUUCUGAGUUGCUUCCUAAAAGAGUAAUUUGUGUAUGGAAACCAAGGAAAUCCCCAGCCCCAAAGAAAGGUGAUCCACUUUGGAGUUCAGGGUACUUGAAAGACAACUGGAUUGAUACCGACUUACCAUCAACAAAAUUCGAGAGCAAUUUGAAACAUUUGGCUGAUCAAACUCCAGUAUCAACUAGGAAGUUUUUCUACCGGGUAGAAAAUACAGUUACUCCUCAAGCAGAUAACCCGAUUUUAUGUGUCAAACCUGUGACUGAUAGGAUUCAUGGAUAUGCAAGGCUGUUCAUAAAACAGUGUUUUGCCAGGAAUAUUGCUGAUCGCUUGCAGAUUUUCUCAACUGAUUUUAUCGACGCCGAUUUUGUGGAUGCUUGUGUUGCCCUUACUCAUGCAAGGAUUCAAGGCCAAGCAUAAACUUAAAGACACUCAAUUUUACACCAUAGCUCUCUUGUUAGUUUUUACAUACUCCAUAAUCAUAUUAUGUUUUCUCGGAUCAAGUGUGUGGUUUCUGUUCAAAAUGUAUUCAUCUGUAAAUUUCACACUAGUAUAUAAUUUGGAUAUGGAAUUUGUUAAAAUAUUUGGACGAGUUGUGCAGUAAUUAUU